GAAGUAGAAGUCCGGAAGAGACGUGGCACAUAAACACUCAGAGGAAGCAGACAGCUCAGGUUUGUGAUGACAUCCUCUGUAGCAGCUUUCAGUGGGAGUUUUUGGGAGAUAGCUUAAAUGACAGCACUGCGACACUACUUAAAAGGAACCAGUCUUUUGUAAGUCAGUGUGACAGCUAACUAGCACAUGUGGCCAUGGGUCUCUGCAAGUGUCCGAAGAGGAAGGUGACCAAUUUGUUCUGCUUCGAGCAUCGCGUGAACGUGUGUGAACAUUGCCUUGUUUCAAACCACAACAAGUGCAUUGUGCAGUCUUAUCUCCAGUGGCUCCAGGACAGCGAUUACAACCCAAACUGUGCUCUGUGCAAUAAUCCCCUGACGGCACAAGACACAGUCAGGCUGAUCUGCUAUGAUGUUUUCCACUGGGCGUGUCUCAAUAACCUGGCAUGUCGGCUGCCGCUCCAUACGGCCCCUGCCGGGUACCAGUGCCCCGCCUGUCAGGGUCCGGUGUUCCCACCCUCCAAUCUGGCCAGCCCCGUGGCUGAUGUGCUGAGAGAGCAGCUUUCAUCCGUCAACUGGGCUCGAGCUGGUUUAGGGUUGCCUUUGAUUGAAGAGCCUGCUGGCGUUCCUGAAGAGACAUCAGUUAACGAUGUUUCUGACUACAGAGACUGGUCAACCUUUGAUGCACAAGAAAAAAGUAACAUAUAUUCCAGUCACUCCUAUAACACUAGCCUCAGCCCACCUGCUGUCUCGCCUCCAACACAAGAAAGUUCUGGAGGUCUUCAUAAAAAUGGGGAUCCAAAUAUGUCGGAGCAUUCCGUGAUCAACUUUCCUGCUGCUGCCACCAGCGACACUAUCACAAUGCACACAGCGUCAUCGCCCAGAAAGGUCUAUGACACGCGGGACGCUCACAGCUCCGUCACGCAGGUUGACUUUGACGACGACAAGUACCGGCGGCGACCGACGCUCAGUUGGUUUGCACGCAUUUUAAAAAACCGCACCGGAGGAAAGAAGACAGCUCUGUCCUGGAAGCAGCGAGUCUUCAUGCUCCUUUUGGUCGGAGUUCUGGGAUUCUUCACGUUGAUAAUCAUCAUGGCUAAACUCGGACGUGCCUCAGCCGGCUCAGACCCAAAUCUAGAUCCUCUUCUUAACCCCAACAUCCGCGUGGGGAAAAACUGAGGUUGGAGCAGGGAUCUGUUGUUUUUAUCUGUGUUGAACAGAUACGCGGACAGCCCACCAGAGGGAGCUCUUUACCCAGGGUGUUCCUCUUCUUCCAUCCGAGCUGGUCGGGGUCCCUUUACAGACUGUAAAGAAGCAAUUCUUGAACCAUUUGGCAGGUUCUUGUUGUCCAGAUGAAGGAACACAGAACCUUUUAAAGGUGACCCAAUCCUCGGCGCAUUCACCCAGUGUAUUCAGUUAUUGUUGGUUUGGUGAAGAGGGGCGAUACUUUAUUCAGCUAACAUUUCUCUGUGAUGUUUGUAAGUUAAUUUCUGUUCUUUAGAUUUUCUUUCGAUGCAUUAACUGGGAGAAAUGUCACAAAAAUACUCUCUGCAGUAAAACCGAUUCCCGUUCCUGUAAUUAAAGUGGCUCUGUGUUGCCAUGGGACCUGGAGUUAAAAUGAUCCAGCACAUCCUGCGUUUCUACAACCCUGAUGGUCUGCAUUACCCCUGCAAACAAAGUGCUUUGCUUUUAGAUUUUGCCAUUCACACUGUAUGUAUAUUUUCUUGAUGGUUUUUUGAGUGUCCAUUAAACCGGAGCCGCGCAAAAUGACACAUUUCA